AUGACAGCACCCAACACUUCAACAGCCUCAGCUAAUGGUCCUGUGUUUGCUAUUAUUGGCGGUGGCAUUGCGGGCUCAAUUCAAGCCAUCCACCUUGCAGAAAGGUAUCCCUGGCUCAAUAUUCGAAUUUUCGAGCAGAGAAAAGAAGCCUUGAAUGGAACGAGCAGCAUGAACCCCGGACGACCGACUUUUGGCUUUCACUAUCACCAUUUAGACACGGCUCUUUUCUGCCAAGAGAAUACCAUCAACUUCGCCAAGUUCCUUCAUGGUAUUGGGUGCAAGCAUGUCUUCGCCCAAGCACCGCAACACGGAAUAUACGUUUUGAUGAAAGGCGCCGUACAAAUUCUGGGCGAGACAAUUCGUCCAGUAUAUGACUCGGAUGAUAUAAAGCCCAUUUUCGAGCAAAUUAGGUGCCAUGCCGUCAAAAAGUACUCCAACGAUGACUAUUUCAACAAACAUUUCGGCUCUCCUGACCAAAUAUGUCGAGAGCUAACAAAAGCAGAGUAUAAUCGGUUCAUCACCGCCGAGUUUCAAACCGGUCUCGGCGCCUGCUACGAAACCACAGAAAAGACGUUCAAUAUGCCUUAUAUCUGCACCUUUCUGCGCCAGAAGCUCAAAACGUACACAAAUAUUACAGUUGUUACAGAAGCCAAAGUUACGCAUAUAGAGCCAAUCUUCUCAGCGCAAUGGUCUGGCUACAGCGUCGGGUUUAAGAAGGGUCCGGAUGGCAUUGAACAGACCGAGGUAGUGCAGUUGCUUACACUGGCAUGUUGGGAACGGGUGGGACUCUUCCGCCAGCAACUCGGCAAACCUGCAUGCGAUCCUACAUAUAAUAGGCUCAAGGUACUCGCUAUUCUUGAGCUCGAGGUAAAGGCCCAGGACCUGGAUAUGAUUCGUCCCAUAUUCGUUGCGUCAGGUGCCUAUUCUAUGAUUUCGCCUCAGGAAUGUAUCAUGACGCCUAGCGGUACCAUUCUCUGCCGAAUCGCUUGCACAUUAGCCAUUAUAACGAAUAAGAUGAUUAGCAUGGACAACGAAGCCUUGCCCCCAGAAUACGAUAAACUGAUCUUUGGGACCGUCAGUCAUGAUGAAAGAAUGGCUUUGGGGCAGCCAAUACUUGAAGGAGCAAAGCAGAUUUUCACUUGCCUCGAGCAUGCAACCCUUGCAGAUGUGCGCUUCGGUACUAUUAGAGUUCCCUUUGGAGCUGGUGGAGGCGUGGGGUUGCAUGAUCCAGCUAGCGAGCAUCACGCAAGAGAGGUCCCAGGAUGCUACCAGCUCGGUAACGGGCUGUUUGUUAACGAAGCGAUGAAGGUAACCUAUAGCAUUCAUAACGCUGAAACGAUACUGGAAUGGUGCCUUGAGGAUAUCGCAAAAUUGCGAGCACUGUUUCCAAGAGCGUGA